CAGGCGCGUCUUACAAUAAUUUCUGCGUCCACUCAACUCAAGCAUUAGACAUGGUCUUACUCGCUCAAUUGCGACCAUCAGUGCUCAAUCUUGCACGACAGUCUCUGCAUCAUGCUCGCCUGCACGAAAAUGCGGUUUUCUCGAGAUCUGCCACUUUCGGGACCAGCCUCGUCGAUGACAUGUGGGGAGGCGAAGACUCGACUGCUCCUGCACUAGACAAACCUCCAGUGGGCCCAAAUACAUACUACAACCCUGUGACUGCAAUUAUGCAGAGGGAAGCAAAGAAGGACAUCGUGGAGCGUCCAAAACCUUACCACCUUCACGUAUACACCACCCACAACAAUUGUCGCGUCGUCCUCACAUAUCCGUCCGGCAAACUCGUGAAGAAUGGAUGGUGGACGAGUGGCUCGUGCAGUUUCAAGGGAGCGAAUAAGAGCAGCUAUGAAGCGGGAUAUCAAUGCGCUGUGCGCGCUUUUAAGCGCAUCGAAGAAGAAAUCACAAAUCCGAACUUGAAGGAUGGUGGUGUGUCGCCUGUCACCCUUGCGCUGAAGUUUAAAGGGUUCGGGUGGGGGAGAGAAGCGGUGCAGAAGGCGUUCAUGACUUCUGAGGGGGACAAUAUCCGGUCGUCGGUGGUGGUGAUUGAGGAUAGGACACCUAUAAAGAUCGGAGGGACGAGGGCGAAGAAAGCAAGACGACUAUAGUAUUUUGUUUGCAGGGCACACUCCCGAGCAGAGUUGCACAAGUUGGUGCAUCCACAGUCCACUG